UAAAGCAGAAGUGAUCGCUGCUGGUGUGGUCGUGACUCAUUUCUUCAUUAUUUCUAGUAAAUGAACUCAUUCAACCCUUUCUCUGACUGUGUCCGUACAAUCAGACUUCUGGACGAUGUGAACACGCAGAGUGAAGUUUACAGAAACAGACCUCAGGCAAAAAGAGGCUCCUGGCUGUGUGUGUGCCCAGGAAUGAUGCAUCUUUACUGGGUAGUGCUUUGGUCAACGCUCCCUCCUCUGGUUCUCUGCUGUGCUCCAGACUGCUGUUCUGUACACGAGAGCAGCAGCAACGUGUCUCCGCUGCUGAAAUCCUUAAAGUGCCACAACGACUACAAGUCCCAUGUCCUCUGCAGGUGGAGGGAGCACAGAAACACAACCCUGACGCUCUGGUUCAAGACAGAAAACAACAGGGAGCAGUGUUUGCCUUGCGGUGCUGAAGAAGAAAGAGAGCACAGGACUGUCCAGUGUCGAUAUGAAACCCGGGUAUUUUCCAUCGGCAUCAAACACACCGUCUUCUUCCUGGAGAACAACACACUCUGCUCAUCUGUCCCACACAAGCCUCUGGAUCUUACCCAGCACUUGAGAGCCCGCCCACCAGUGAAUCUAUCCUCCCAUGAUGGAGGUGAUGGAGGUGAUGGAGGCCGGCGGCUCAGCUGGUCCAGCCCGUACCCCUCCUCUUCCUCUCUGAACAGAAACCUCACAUAUCAGCUCAGCUACAGGACACACGGACAGGACAACUGGACGUCUGAGGAUGUCACAAACACCAGUGUGAAACUGGAGAAGGGGCUUUUACUCCCGGGUCGCAGGUAUGAAGCCCGGGUGAGGGUCCGGGCCAGCGUGGGCCAGUGGAGCGACUGGAGCCCUGUGGUGACCUGGCACUCUGAAACAGGUUUAGACACUGGGCAGAUUCCCAGCUUGCAUUGUGUCCUGGAUGGAGAGAGGGAGGUGACGUGCAGCUGGGAGGUGAGCAGGGACGUGGAUCACUUCAUUACCUACCAGCUGGUCCUUCCAAACAACCAGACGCCGCCGUCUCAGAGGCGCUGUGUGAACCUGACAGUGAGCUCGGACCCCGGUGGAGGGGUGGUGAGGUACAGCUGCUCCCUGACGGAUGCAGACCCCAAACAUCUGCUGGUAGAGCUCCAACCAUCCCACCAGGCCAAGAGCUUUAACGUCUGCGAACACAUUCGUCCCAAACCCCCGCAGCAGGUGAGUGUGAAUCCAAGAGACAGAAACUGGAUGGUGGAGUGGACUCAUCUAGCUUCAAAAGAACCUGAGCUGUAUUACCAGGUCUGCUAUUACAAGACAACGGAUCAGGGUUGUUCUGUCCUGGAGAACAUUUCAAAAGGCUCCACGGCCCUGAUGAUCCUGGGAGAUUCCCUGGUCCCCUCCCAGCUCUACCAGGUGAAGGUGAGGUCUCUGGUGGUCCCUAAUCUCUACCAGGGAGUCCCCUCUGAGUGGAGCCCCCCUGCGGACUGGACCUCACAUAAGGCCACCUUGUCCGUAACAAAACUGAUCUACAUCACCGUCAGUGUGUUUGUGACCGCAGUCGUCCUCGGACUCUACUUCAGCAUACCAGCUUGCCAAAGGAGGGUGAUUCUGUGGGUGGACUCAGUUCCCUCUCCGGCCAAAAGCAAAAUCUUGUCCGAGAUUAAAGCUGCCACCACCUUCAUGCAGAAUGAGAGCGCCACCAUGUGCAGAGUGCUGAGUUUGGACAGUGAAUAUACAUGCUCUUCAGAUGCUCUGCUGUGGCCGACUAAGGACACGGAGAAGAAGCGCCUGCAGGAUGAACACAGCUGGAAGUGUGAUGACCUUCCCCCGCCCAACGAGAAGGUCAGCGGCUCGGACACAUCCUCCAUGAACUUCAGCGGGCCGUACAUCUUCUGCCAGUCAUCAGAGUCCGAGAGCACGUCAAUGGCUGUCAAAUGUGAAGAGAAAGAGCAAGAAGCCCCAACAGAAGACUCUGCCUCUCCUUCCCCGCUGAACUUUGCUCUUUUUGGGGAAGGCUACGUUUGUCUGCCCAACCGCAACGUCUCCAGGUCCACACAGGACCUCGUAUCUCACAGCAGUGCAAACACAAACAGCGCCGAGCAGAACCAACAGAGUCCAGUUGAGAUGGACGUCCAGUUGGGCCUUAACGAGCCAAUCAGCAGCCCCCAAACUCCAGCCUUCACUUCCUGGCCUGAAGGGGGCGCCAUGCAGGCCUCGGGGUACUGCCACCUCCCAGGAGCAAAGUGACCUGAAGGAGGACUUAAAAGGCUUUUUCAGCUAAAUAAAUGUAAAGCUUUCCACCUUAUGUUAAGCUUCAAGUGCCUCCAUGUGAAAAAUGCAUCAUCUGUAUUAACAAAUGGGGUUUUACACAAGAGAAGGGAACCAUUUUGUUUGGUUUUAUGUCUUAUCUCACCCUGAAAUCAGGGUUGUUGUCUGACCAAUGGAGGGCAGUAGUGAGCUGAGCCUGGGAGGGCAGUGCAAGGAAAUGUAAAGGAUGGACUUCAGUAUUACCAACAACAUAUAUCUAUCUUUAUGAGCUUUCUUUCCUCACAAGUCAGAAUGACAUAACAACAGCACCUUACAAUGUAAUAUAAUACAACAGCUCUGCUUAAAAGGCUACUUAUGAAGUUCUGAUUGUUUCAUUUAAUGAUAAGAGAGAUUCUCAGUUUCUCUAGAUAAUGUUACAUAAUGUACUUCCAUAUGUAUACAUUUUCUCACGCAUGUAAGAUGCUAGGCAGAUCAUUUUUUACCACAUAUUCUUGAAGAACUAUGUCGAAAUGUAGUCACUUUUAUUACUUCCCUAAGUCUGCUGUCUCUGUCACAGCUGAGGUGAAAAGCAGAUUUAUGGAAACUGUAUUUUUUGAGAAAUGAAUGUAUGUUUGCUGACUGGCAUGUUCGCUGCGGUCAUGUUUGCAUGUUUGCACAAAGGUGUGUCAGUUAGGACCUUGUUGUCAAUGUUGGAGCAUACAUGUUGCUGAAUGUAUAUUUACAGUAGUCUACAGGCUGAUGUGAUACUGCUAUGUUGUGUUGCAUGGUCACUCUGUCUGAGGCCUGCAGAGAAGUGUGUUAAAUGUAAAUAAGUGUAACUUGCCAUCUUCUUCAUCUGUUAUUUACAGUAAUGGGGUAAUUUGAUGUGGGUUAAGGUUCAGAAAUGACUGAAAUAAUACAAGCUCCAAAGUUUGCUGCACUUAUAUACUGUGAUAAUAACUUAAACAAGUAAAAUCUAGGAGCACAAGUUUCCAGGCUGCAGGGAAAAAUGUUUACCUGCUACACCUAGCUAAAACAAAAGCAGUAACAGACCUGCAAUAAAUCCUAUAUUCAUGACGGUUGUAAUCGUUAAAUGUUUGUUAAAACUGUUUUAUAAAGCUGUUGAGUCAACUUUAGGUCAUCUUGUAAGAUUUAGUUAGUGGUUUUUUUAUUUGUCUAGCGGUGCGUCGGCUACAAAUGGGGGUUUCUGGUAGUAAGCUAAUGCUAGUCUAUCGCUCAAGCUAGGUCCCGCUUGAUCUAGAAUAGCAUUUUAUGUCUUAGCUGUGCAGUGUCUCUGUAAGGAGUCAUCUAGUAAUUUGCAACUUUUAAAAAUGUCCUUUUCACAGAAAUAAAACGUUUUUUAGCA